AUGCCAGUCCAAACACGCAACAUUGCCCAAAAAGUACGCAAGGGACCGGGGUGUAAGAAUAGUGCCGAUGGUUUGAGGUACGACCUUACUCCCAUCCGGAUAAAAGAGUUGGUAGUUCCGGAAAAAUCCUUGGUCGAUAAAGCAGCAGCCCUAGAAUCCAUCAACAAAAUGAAACAAAAGAUUGCUAGUGGUGAAAAGAAGUCUAAUGGUGAACCAUACACUGAAAACGACAUCGAUUAUCGAGUAAUUAA